GUAUCGCGCGUAUUUUGGGAUCAAGUUUGUUUUUGGGCGGGUUGGGAGGGAAGGCCGUGGGAUCGGCGGCGUGAUUCGGGGCGCUUGGUACAGGAGAGCGGCUAGAUUGUGGAGCGGGCGGCGAGCAGGAGUUCAGGGGAGUGUUGAAUUGGGGCGCCAGGGCGCGAAGAGCCACGAGAGCUCGACAUGCUGCUGCUGCUGCUGCUGUUGCAAGUGCGGGGUGAUUGCGUUGUGAGGAGGUGCUUCCACGGUGGUAAGGCCGGGGAGGGAGGGGGUUCGUGGAGGUGCAGUGGGGUUGCAGGGGUUUGAAGAUUUUGGGCACCGUUUUUCGGAGGCGGAGGAGAUUUGGAGUGGGUGGGGUGGACUCGGGAGGUCGGGCACGUGGAAUAUGGGUGGGUGGUCAGAGCGCGGUCUGACGGAUUUCAGAGACGGAGCUUAGAAGGGCGAGGUGGUUGCGUGCAUGAGGGCUCGCUCGGGGAGACGUCGAGGGCGAGUUGUUGGGGCAAGUCCAGUAAUGUUGGUGGAACGGGCAUGAAGGAUGGCAACGUUGGGCGCACCGUUUGCUGCUCGGCACGGUAGGGGGUAUGCGUAUCUGCGGAGGAGAGAUCCGGUGCGGAGGUGUGGGUGAGAAGGGGCGUGGCUGAGUAAACUUGGAGAUAUGGGGCUGCUGACGCGACGAGACCCUAUUAGAAGCUUGUGACGGCGGUUGUUUGGUUAGAUCUUUACAAUUACUCUUAUGUUUAGGAUUUACAGGGUUUGGUGAGGAGGUUAGUGGCUGUGUACUCAGUCGACCAUCGCGCUUUUGAGCGUGCUGGUUUCAGCGUUGAUUUUGCGAAGCGAGGUUUAGGGUAGAAGGUGUUGCUUGAUGCAUGCGUUUGAGAUAGCUAGGGCUUUAGGCAUGACGAUGAAGGAGGAUGACCAUGUGGUGGACUGGAAUCAUAGCCUGCCUACAGGUGAAGAGGUGACGCCUUUGUCCAAGUCUCUGAUAUCUCCUGUUCUGGCAUCUGCCUUCAGUAUAAUGCCCGACUUGGCUAAGACCGCCGCCCACGUCAGUCGAGAGACCCGGCCCAGUUUGCUUGACCUGCGAGUUCAAAGUUCUAUUUCGAUGUCUUUUGAUCCGUUCUCACCGUUCAAACAGCGCAAUGAUGCAGAAUCUGACAACAGUCUAUUGCUGAGAGAGUGCCUGCUUAUACGUCAUCAGCAGUUCGCGUUUUACAGCAGUGGGCGCUGAUAUGCGUGACUUAUGAUUGCAGGGGUGUAUGGGUGUCUAGCUGAGGCUGGAGAUGACAGAGAUGGUAGAGGUGUCGGUCAAUUUGAUAAGAGAGGCAAGAGCAUUACCGCAGACUUCACUGCCGAAGGGCGUGGCGACGCGAGAGGAGACGGGAGAGGGACCGCAGAACCCGAGGUUGAAGUAGGACUAGGACUAGGACUAGGAAGCGGUGGCAGCUGCAGUAACAGAGAGUGCGAUCGAGUGACGGUUGCUGAGAGGCAGAGGUCAGGUUCACAUGGCGGAGGAAGUUUCUCGCAAGGGCACCCGAUGUCGGGAGUUUUCAGAGGUGGGAGCGAUGGGGCGACUUACAACCCGAGUGAGGGGAGGUCGGAGCAGAGUUCGGGGCUUCCAUUCAUGAAGAACGGGUUGCAAGGGUAUGGGUCGGGGUAUGAAAGGAGACCGGAGAGCUCGUCGUACGGGGGAAGGGGGGACGAUAGCAGCAAAGGCGGGGGAUCUGCGAAGAAUGCAAGGAAGCUGGCGGAUUCGGACUUCGAGGACACGGACUCGGGAGGGGGUCCGGUGAACAGCAACGAGGAGGCGAACGCACGGACGUUGAAGAGGCCUCGGCUGGUGUGGACUCCGCAGUUGCACAAGCGGUUCGUGGAUGCGGUGGGUCACUUGGGGAUCAAGAACGCAGUGCCGAAGACGAUCAUGCAGCUGAUGAACGUGGAAGGGUUGACGCGGGAGAACGUGGCGUCGCACUUGCAGAAGUAUCGGCUGUAUCUGAAGAGGAUGCAGGGGCUGCCGUCGGACGGGCCAAUGGCGAACGAUCAGCUGUUCGCGUCGACUUCGCUGCCUUCGAACUUGGGGAUGCAAUACAUGACGAACCAGAGGGAGGAAGUGGGUCCGGCGUCGUAUCCAGCGGUGGGGGUGGCGAUGCCAUUCCCAGGCGGGGGGGUAGGGCCUCUGGGGACGGCACAGUUUGGUGGGUACGAGCAGAUGUCAUACGAUGGAGUGAACAGGAGGUUUGUGCAACGGCCGGCGACGAAGGACCGAACGGAGCACAUAUCGGAGAGCGAGAACGGGAACCACGCGAGCCCGCAGAGCCAGAACGCUCACAGCUACGUGGAGAACCGAGCGGGUUCACCUCCGAGGCGGCUGCUGUCGCUGUUUCCGACGAGCUCGGGGUGAGGCAGUGGCGGCGCGAGAGGAGAGAGAGGAUGGAGAAAGGAGAUUUUUGUCGAUGGUGGGGUGUUGUCGAUCAUCUCCCAAGGUACGGAAGAAGCGGCAAGCUUGUUCGUACGUGUGGAGGCUCCGUUGGAAGAGCAAAGCGAGGGAAAAGGUCGCGUGGGAUGGUGCGAAUGAUGCGAACCUGGUUGCCCAAACGAUGUCGAGAGAGAGAGCGAAGCAUUGGGGCAUGGGGAUGAAGGAGAGGUGUGAAGGUUCACGCUGCAUGCUGGAGGCAGCGCAGGUGGGGUGUGGAAGAGAGAGCGAGCGGCUGCAGGAUUGGACAAGCUUUGGAUCCAACAGUGAUCUUGUAUAGGUGUGCUGGAUGACUAGGAGUUAGUCGGUUUUGUAUUAGAUAGUGCAGUGGGAGCAUACUUAUGUUGCUGGGAGCUACCUCUACAUCUACUGGCUCCUUGUGGAUCGCGAUUUUAGAAUGCCUAGAACGACUAAGAGCUGGUCAUGCUGUGUAGGGUCAUUUGUCAGAAUGAAUAUUACUUAUUUGACCUCGUCAAUUCUGUGAUGGCAGAAUGGUUAGGAGGAGGUAGUAUCCACUUCCAGUUGUUGAACUGGAUUGGUUUUUAGAACCCUAUGAUGCAGUGUUGUUGCAUUUGCUCUGUGGAAGGGAGCAAGCUUGAUGCUCUCGGACGUUAAAACCUCUGUACAAUGAUCGAUGUCAAUAUUACCAAUGAAGCAUUUGCUUCUGGUGAUGACGAUUAAGUCAAGAUCAUGUCGUGGAUGUUGCUCCGCA